AAAAAAAAAAAGACAGGCUCCCAUCAUGCAUUGCGGCGCGCCAGAUUGAAGUUUUGUUUACAACGCGGCUCGUUUCGGGCACGGAUUUAUAAGAAGUAAACCUGCACUUUAAAGUAUUUUACACUUAAUUUCAAAAGAGAGACCCGUUUGCAUGUUGUUUGUUACGUAUUUUUUGUUAUGGGUUUUUGCUAUUCUGUCCUUAAAGUCAAAGUAUCGGCUCUAAAAGCGACUAGAAAUCUACCAGAAGUGUCCACAACGAAUACGGCGAUCCGCUUUUCCAAUCAAAAUGAAGUGACAGCAAUUUAAAACGACAGAUUAAACAUUAUUUCCUGUAAACGUGGCCUGGUCGGUGAGUUUUUCUCUCCACAAUGAGCAGCAGUCCUGUACCGAGCAGUGAUGAAACUAAACCUGGAGGAAAGUUUGAGGAUUUGUGGAGGCAGCUCGGGGACUGUCACCAAAAUGCUUUUCAAGAAUUGGAAGCCAAAAUAGCCAAGCUGAAAAAGGAGCGAUGUUUAGACGCUCAGAGACUCGAGGUGUUUUUUAAUCGUAACCAGCAACUGAAAGAACAAAACAAAAGCUUACAGGACACUAUCAGUGGUUUAGAGGAAAGACUUCGAGCUGGAGAGUGUGAAAGAUGCACCAUUUUAGAAGACAGCUUGAAAAACAUCGAAGAUCAUAAUACAUUUCUUAUUAACAAACUAAAGCAAGAGAAAAAAGUCCUUGAAGAUAACAACAAGAAGCUAAAUGCAGAGCUUGAAAAACUGAAUAAAGCUGGUUUUGAUUGUCAGCGGUCUUCAUCUCCAGAGCCAGACGACUGCUUUAUCCCAGACUCUCCUGUGAUGUCCAGUUCACUCCCAGCUGCAAACAAACUCAAAAAACGCAAAAAUGUCGAGAAAUCAAAGUUUGUCCGUUAUGUGGAGAGACCGCUACAAAGAGCUCACACCUCACUGUUUAUCGAAGCUGAAAAGGACCCAGAAGCGCAACAAAAUCCAGUGCUGGUGCCAAAUACUUGUGAUCUUGAAGCUUCUCAAAUGGAUGGAGAUCUGAAUUCAGAAGAUGUGGUAGCAGAGACUUGCCGCCUGGAUCUUCUACCUCAUCGUGUGAAAAAAGAAGAUCCUGUGAACCAGCAGCACAGUCCUGAGACUUUAUUUCAAUCUAAACUUCACACAAAACCUUUGAAGAACCACAGUCCAGACUCCACCACAGACCGGUCCCCAUCACUGAUGCCUCGAAACAAGCGCUUUUCCAGUGACAGUUUUAUCAUCAGCAACAUGGCAAAAAGAAAGAAAGAGGAAAGCCAAAUGGAAAACAAGGAGGAAAAACAAGAUGCUCCUCAAAAAGUGGAGAGGAAACCAAAACUAGAACAAUCCACUCUUCUGAAUGAAAGCUGUAAAGUAAAUGCCAAGAGUCAGUCUAUUGAGGAUGAAACCCUAAUUGAGAACCCAAACAUACCUUAUUUGAGUCCUGUUUUUAAGAAGCCAAAUGCAAAAAUAAAACCACAAAAAGACGUCAGAAAUUGUAACCCACUCAAAGAUAGGAAUAGGUCAUGUCAAACCAACAGUGAAAAUUCUCCAAGAGAAUUUAAAAUUGAACCAAUGUGGAGUAUUGACCCAGCACUCGCCCUUGAAAUGUACGAGAGUGAACAAGAGACUAAUGAGAUUUUAUUUCUGUUUUGUAGGAAAAAGAGGAAAAAUACAUGGACUCAGACUGCACUUGGAUUAGUCACAGCCUUCAUCAGGGACGGGCAGAAAAUGAAGAAGACUUACGUUUGUGACUUAGGUCAUAAGACAAAUGAUAGUUUGGACCGAAUGUUUGACACCAGCGCCUGUGGAGAUUAUAAGUCAUACACCACUUUACCUAUAGAAGACCAACCCAGUGACCAAGAUGAGGAGAAGGAUAGAGAGGAGGAAGAGGGGGGUUAUGAAGAUGAUGGUGAAAAUAGUAUGAACAGAAGAAAACCAGGCCAACCAGCCUUUGCUCAUGUGGCUGUGAUUCGUAAGAAAGACGAACGCAGAAAACUCAAAGGGACGACCUGCAAGGAGUGUGAAGUUUAUUAUGCACAUCUUCCAGAGGAGGAGAGACACAAAAAGCUGUCAAACUGCUCCAGGCACCGGUUCCUCUAUAUUCCUCCCUGUACUCCUGAGAACUUCUGGGAGGUUGGAUUUCCAUCUACACAGACUUGUAUAGAAAGAGGUUAUAUCAAAGAAGACAAAAAUCCUCAGUCACGCUUACGGAGGAGACAGCCUUUCAAUGCUUUAUUUUCCCCAAAAGGUAAAAAGCAAGAAAAAUGAGUCCAAAAGCAUUGGGCUAAAAUAUAAACAUAUGAUUCUGUCUCUUUUAAUUAUUAUUUUUUUUAGUUUAAAAUCCCUGUAAAUUGUGAAAAUGACUGGUGAUGUAAAUAAAAAUUACUACUGAUAAUAAUA